ACUCUUUCCGCUAAAAGACAUGUGUAUGAUCUUUUUUUCAGAGACACCCCAGCCAGGGAAGGAAGUGGAGGAGAAAAGCAUUUUAUGGGAAAUGGAACACGGACUACCACUAGGCAUAAAACCCUUCCAACACUGGGGACAGCAUUCGAGGUUGGGAGAGCUGGACGCAGCCGGUCAUCCUCCUGGCUUCAGAGUCCCCUCGGCCCCUGAAGUCCACUCGUCUGGCUGGGAGUCCCAAGGAGCCGCCAUCAUGCCCUCGUCUCUGCUCAGGGUGGCUGUGGUCUGUAUGAGUAACAUGAACAGGAGCAUGGAAGCCCUCAGCAUCCUCAGGAAGAAAAGUUUCAGCAUCAGGUCUUUUGGAAUGGGAUCCCUCGUGAGGUUCCCAAGACUGGCACCCAAGGAACCAGUGGCUUAUGAUUUUUCAACUUCAUAUAAGAUGAUGCGCAAGGACCUUUCCUGUAAAGACUGAAAAUACUACAAAGGGAAUGGAGUCUUACACAUCUUGGGAAGAAAUGAGAGAAUCAAGCCUCACCUGGAAAGAUUUCAAGAGUGCAGAGAUCCCUUCGAUGUCAUCUUCACCUGUGCGGAGAACGUCUAUGACAGGGUGGUGGCAGAUAUGUGUGCCAGAGAUCAGGAGACCUGUCAGCCUGUGCACGUGAUCAACGUGGACAUAGAGGACACCCUGGAAUUAUCCACCCUUGGAUCUCUGAGCAUCUGUGAGCUCUGCCAAGGUCUCCAGCCGGCGGAAGACAUGGAAGGCAGUCUGGCUGUGUUGCUCCAGGCAGGGAAGGAGAAAAUAGGAAGGAACUUUCUUCACACGGUCUGCUUCUAUUGAAGAUCUUGGCUGAUUUCAGCUCCUUUG